CCGCAGACCUACCAGCCGUCCAUGAAACAAGAGGUCAGCCACGCGUACCGACCAACCCUGCUAUCGUGCUUGACACUCCUACGAUCGAGUUCCCUCCCCACAGAAUCCUCCCGCUAGAGCCGAGAAACCCCACAGAAUCCUCGCUCUAACACGGCACAUCAAAAUCUUCACAGCAGAAGGGAGGACGACAGGCAGCACCGACGAGCUCGCUGUACCAGAACAGGCUGGUCGCGUCCCCCAGGAUCCACGCACAGCCUACUGAAAGUCUGAAAGUAUCGUUUUGUCCAAACUUUGGCGUGUGCUCGUUCAGAAUGCAUCUUUUUGUGAAGAGCCCCACCGGCAGGACAAUCUGCCUCAGGGUCCAGCGAACAGACACCCUCUAUACUGUCAAGGAAAAGAUUCAGGAACAACACCGUCUUUUCUUUGACGGAGUACAGCUAGAGGACAACCUUACAUUAGCUGAUUAUGGCAUCCAGCAUCAAUCCACGAUUGAACUCCAAGAAAGUAUGCAAAUAUAUGUAAAGGAGACGCUAGCAGGCCUGACCAUCACUCUCGAGGUUGACAGCUUAGACACCAUUGGUGAGGUGAAGACGAAGAUUCAAAAUAUGCAUGGUUUUCCCAAGGGUCAGCAGUGCCUCAUCUUUGCCAACAAACAGCUAGAAGACGACAGUACCUUGGCAGACCUCAACAUUUGUAAGGGAUCCACUCUUCUCCUCGUCCUCCGUCUGGAUACUACAGGAGAAAGGAUGCCCAUCUUCGUGAGGACGCCGGUUGGAAAAAACAUCCCUCUUGAGGUUGUUAGCUCAGAUACAAUCGAUAAUGUCAAGGUGAAGAUAUAUGAGGUGGAAGGCACUCCCCCAAAACAGCAACGCCUCAUCUUUUGUGGCAAGCAGCUGCAGAACCACCGCACCUUGGCUGACUAUAACAUUCAGAAGGAACACACCCUCCAUAUGGUGUUCGCCCCUAGUGGUUGCUGAGAUGGAUGCCAUUGUCACUCGGCAAGUAUUAAUGCAUGUCAUCUUCUUUCCGGUGUGAUUUAUCAGUAAAAUCAUCGUUGCAACACUCUUCUUCUUAGUGGUGGUGUUUCAUCACAAAAACUAUCAUGUCCAUUACGGCAGUUGAUUGGGUAAAAUUCUUUCCGCAUACAAAUUUGGUCAAAAACAAACCUUGUAAUGUUCGAGCAAGUAUAUAUAAUA